UACUGUUUGGCCUAGUUGACUUGAAAAAAAUUAAUUUAAAUAAAUUUAAAUAUAAACUAAAGUUGAUCCACAAAAUGCGUGAUUAUAUUCCUAAAUUUAUACGUUCGCAUUGCUGUUUCUGGGUAUUCACGGUGCUGCAACUGACCUUGAUGCUGUCGAUGUUGGAGAUUAAAAUCCAAAUUGACCAAUCGCCGGAACUUCAGCGACCUCUGACCCGCGUUUACCUGGUGGUCAAGCUGAGUGAGUUGGCCUGCAGUCCACUGCUCUCCGGAUUUGCCAUGGGUGCCAUGCACUACGGGUACGGUCUGAUAUACCUCCGCACCAAAGGGCCUCUCGGAGGAUUCUUCUCCAGACUCGGGAUGGCCGGCCUAUCCGUUUGGCAGCAGUGCAGUCCCGUGAUGCUCCUGCCCUGGUGCAUGAAUGUGGUCCAGGGACUAUGCUCCUUCCCAAUGCACCUGUGGAAUUGCCUGACCAAGGAACCCUGCCUCGAGGCCGACCACUUUCUGCUGUUCGCCAUCUUGGCAUUCUUGUUCUGGAACAACCUGCUGAUCCUGGCGGUCAUUAGCUUCGUUGUGGCAGUGAAACUCAACCUCCGGAUGCUGGGUGCCCGGCACAUGAGAAGCGCAAAUCACGAGCUGCAGGCCUAUGCCCAAGCUGUCAACGAACUGCUCGGCUUUGAGAUGAUAGUGAUGCCCGUGUGAGGGCAAAUGGAUUUAAAUGUCAGCCACUUAUUGAACGAAUUGCACAUGUUGUUUAAACUUCUAAA